AUGGAUCAAGAAAAGCGUUCAGCGCGUUUUAGGGUUGUCGGAUCGUUGAUUCCACGUCUGAUUGGGAGGGAGGUCUGUGUUUUAGGCAAAGUGGUUUCAGUUGUUCCAUCUGGACAGCAAAUUUCACUACGGUGCGCCGACGGUGUUGAAGUCAAGUGUACUCUUCCGUCUCCACUCCAGGUGUCUCCGGAGUCAUGCAUUGUCGAGGUUCAAGGCCUCAUUACGAGCGCAAACGAACUUCAGGCCACAUCAGAACCUAUUAUCUUCCCACGUGAAGCCAGCAACAAGUUUGACCUCGAUCGCUACGGAUAUGCCGUCAAUCUUACUGUCAAUUUUGAUCGUCUUUAUACACAGUCGAUGAUAUGUGACAAAGGACGUAACCCCUUCUCUUUUCGUAUGCAUAUGCCGUUUUCUACCAACGGGCCCUUUUUAUGGCUCAUUGGCGGCGGCGGCGGCAGCGGCGAAGACAGGGAACGGCAUUCUUCAGAUUCGUCUUUCUUAGAAGUGGAGGAAGGGACAGUGAAGGGCGAGGCGGAGCAUGAUGAACCAAAUUUAAAUGCAUCCAUGGCUCUUCUAGGGCACUCCGUUUCGGAGCCAUCCAUGGCCUCUGCUAGCAGCUCUAUUCUCCGUCGCAUGCUAAGCGCCGUGGGUAGUUUCAUCCUGCCUUCGUCGUCUCAGGAGCAGGUCAUUGUUGCCGAGGUAGACCGCUCAUUCGCUGAGUCAAUGGACAUCAUCAGAAGCAUCGCUUCCAGUCUUGAUUUACCUGCUCACUUGCCCGAGUCUUUUUACGCCAGACUGCCGUUUCGUCGUUCUGGUUCGGACAAUCACCUCAAGCCUCUAAUGGAAGAACUCGAACUAUUAACUUUCUACAGCAAGUCUAUCUCGCCAUCGAAUGUGUCUCUCGAUCUGUUGCAACAUACUGUGAGUAAGCUAGAGAACACCGCUGUCUUUCUGCUUGCCUCAUGUUUCCAAAUGGACGCGCUUGAGGCCGCCACCUCUGACCUGGAUCUGCUUAUGUGCCUCGACGUCCCCGCGGUCCGUGACCUCACACCCUUCCCUUCCUUUAAACCCAAGGACCAUUUGAUAAAGUUCGCUUAUUGCCAGUACCAGUUCGCAUCCUUCCUUGCCAACCUCUCCGUCGUCCCGGAGGCCGUGGCUGCACUCAGCCAUCCGUGUAAGGCACUCACCUUGUCUUCUGGUGUCACAAACUAG